AUGUUUACUAAGGAAGAAGUAACCAGUGCACUCAAGGGCCUGCCAUCAGCUAAGUCACCGGGAAUAGAUGGAUUCCCAGCAGAAUUUUUUCAACAUUAUUGGGAGGUGAUUAGUGAGGACAUAACAGCGGCUGUACUUAGUUCUUCACCACUGGGAAAUUACUCAAAAGUGUUGACUACCAGACUCAAACUAGUAGUUGAUAGCAUAGUAGGACCUUCUCAGUCUGCAUUUAUUGAGGGUAGGAGUAUACUUGAUAAUGUGGUAGUUGCUCAUGAAAUUGUCAAAAGUUACUCCUAUAAGAAUGUAUCACCCAGGUGCUUAAUCAAGAUAGACAUCCGGAAAGCCUAUGAUUCUGUGGAGUGGAGCUUUUUGCAAAUGGUCCUUCAUGAGUUUGGCUUUCCUAUCAAGAUUGUCUCACUCAUAAUGGAAUGUGUCACAAUAGUCCAGUACUCCCUAAUACUAAAUGGUGGUCUUACUCCUCAGUUUCAAGCUAAGAAAGGAUUGAGACAAGGUGACCUUAUGUCACCGGCUGACCAUGGGUCCAUACAGUUGAUGCUACAGGCCUUCACACAUUUCUCUCAAGUGUCAGGCUUGCAUGCUAACUUGGAGAAAAGCUCCAUCUACUUAGCAGGGGUGUCCCAAAUGUUCAAAGAUCAGAUCAUCAAUGACAUGGAGUUUGUUGUAGGGGAGAUACCAUUUAGAUACUUGGGAGUUCCUCUGUCUUCCAAGAAACUCAGCAUUCAGCAGUGUAUGCCCCUGGCCCAAGUUUUCCUAUUGCUUAAAAAGAUUACUGAACUAGUUACAAGUGUCUGUAGAACAUUUCUGUGGACUGGAGCUGCUGAGCUAUGGAGGAAAGCACUUGUCGCUUGGGAAAGAUUGAAAAAGACUUUGCGGGUGCAGUGGAUUCAUUCAUUUUACAUCAAAGCUCAAAGUAUUGAUGCAAUGCUGCGGCCUAAACAGGCAAGUUGGAUUGUGAGGAAAAUAAUUGAUGCAAGAGAUUGGUUUGACACGGAUGACAUACUUACAGAGUUAACUAAAUUCUGUCAGAACGGCAAGUUCAACAUCAAAUUGGCUUACCAAUCAUUCCUUCCCCAAUGCCCAAAGGUACAAUGGAAAAGCAUCACUAUGGGAAAUGGAAUAAUUCCUAGACAACAAUUCAUCACUUGGCUAGCCAUUCAACACAGGCUGGCCACUGUAGACAGACUAGCCAAAUGGGGUAUUCAAGUAGCCAAACAUUGUGUACUAUGCGACUUAGGCACAAAGGAAACACUAGCCCAUUUUUUCUUCGACUGCAGAUACUGCAGCAACAUAUGGAGUGCACUGCUUAGAUGGUUGGGUAUUACUAGGCAUUCUACUAGCUGGUAUAUAGAGAUAGCAUGGUUGAGCCAAAGAGUUAAGAGUGCACGACCUAAAGCUGAAAUUCUUAGAUUCCUAUUCAAUGCGACUAUCUAUCAUGUUUGGUUGGAAAGAAAUGCCAGGAGAUUCCAAACUACUUAA